AUGGUGAGGGUUGACGAGCACGGUAACUAUGUUGACGGCAACAAGGCCCCGAUUAAUCGUGCUGGCUUCAAAAUUCUCUCUGCUGUACACAAGGCGCGGCCAGACUUAAACGUGGCAUGCCAUGUCCAUUCUGUCUGGGGAAAAGCGUUUUCUGCACUAGGACGAAAGCUAGACAUGUUAAGCCAAGACGCAUGUAUUUUCUAUAAUAACCACGAUGUUUACCGAAACUUCGGCGGCGUGGCAGUGGAAACGGAAGAAGGAGAAAAAAUCGCCAAGGCUUUUGGGCCUACCAAUAGAGCCAUGAUCUUACAGAAUCAUGGGCUCAUAUCUGCUGGGUAUAAUGUUGGCGAAGCCUGCUUUUUGCUGCGCCUGAUGGAUAAAGUAUGUGAAACCCAGGUCAAGACAGACUCUGUCUACGCUUCGGGACUUUAUGACAGAAUUGUCAUCCUUGACGAAGAGGCGUCCUUUACCUACAGGGCCACUGCCACUUCUUCCAACCUUUAUGCAUCUUUUUGCAGCGAUUACGAACUUCAGAUCACUAACCCUGCAGGUCGCAAACGCAAAAUUAAAUGCGAUCUUUUAAAACCUGCCUGCGGACGCUGCCUGCGAUCGUCUUAUGAAUGCGUCUACGGGGUACGAGCCAUUCCAAAAAAUUUCAAGCUUCACAAGUUGGCCCACAGACCAAUCCGGUUUGUGGAACCCAAUUCCAUCAACUUGCGCAGGAAAAUCACGUUACUCUCUGAAGAUGCUGAUCUAGAGCUUGAACCAACCAAGGAGGCCAGAGAAGAUGCACUUUUCAGAAAAUAUCUCCAAACUUUGGGAUGGCAUCUCGGUGGAUACUCCUCAUGGAUGUUGGGGGUCGACCUUUCCCCUAGUGACGCACUUUUGUACGAUGCCUUUGUAAAGGGUUUCAUGGUUGCCAUAUCGCCUCAACUAGCUCACGAGAACUUGCAGCCUUCAUCGGUUGUCAUUCCCCGCGGUCUUGACAAUCCGACUUUGAGACAUGUUUUUUAUGCAUGCGGUGCGACAUACCUGUCUUGGAAGCGGCCUGAAUACCGUGAGUUUGCCGAGCAGAAGUUCUUGCAAUCCAUGAAAGAAUUGCGGUGGUUUUUGAGCGAGAAUUCCGUAAUCGGUAACGAGGACUGGCUGCUUAUUUGCAUGGUCACUUUAUGUCUUCGAGAGAAAUAUCAAUGUGAAAACACAGCCAGAAACGCUUUUUUCCUAAUAGCCUCUUUGCAAAUCAUAGAGUGCUGGCUGCUUAAGAAGAGUAUAUCUUUUGAGUCUUUCAAUCAAUUACUAGAUGCUUUAGCCCUCAACCAAAUCGAUGUCAAAAUACUUCCCAUGGUUAAAAAAGAUCAUAAGAUCAACGAUGUUACUUACUGGACAGACGAGCUCUCAUACAUGCUUCGAGAAGGAGAUGUGUCUAAUUUAGAAAGGACUAUCCUAGAAAGCUUUCUGUAUAAUUACUCAGUUGCAUUGUUUGCAUGUGAUGCCUCUGUUGUCGACUACAUCAAGUCACCUUUCCAGGUCUACGCCGAGCUCAAACCGUAUCUUCUGCCUCCAAUAUAUCAUUGUCCUGCUUGGUGGAUGAACAAUCCCAUUAUGGGCGCAGCGCUGUCUGCAUUCGAACUCGCAGCAAAAACAAACUGGCUAUCUUUGUUUUUUCCCUUGAAUGCCAAUAAUAAAAUGGUGGCAGAAAAACUCUUGACUCUGUCAAAGUACUACCUCCCUCCAGUACUUCCGGAAAACGUACGGUUUCAUGAAUCUGACUUUGUUCAGAGGCGACUAAUGGAGAGCUGUUUGAUAGGCAAUAUUGUGACAAAGGCUUGCACCAUCAUGUUAUCCAAGCUUCUCAACCCAAAACUACGACCUGACGCUCCUGAAAUACAGGAGGAGAUUGGCAAUUUCUUUUUAAACUUACGAAAGUUGAGUCCACAUGCUCAGUCAUCUGGACUGUGCUCGUGGCCUUUCGCUGUUGCAGGUUCUGCAGUAAUCAAGGAGGACCAAAGACUCUAUUUGAUAGAACGGAUAAGGACUUUUGGAGUCAUGAAGAAAUCCAGUGGUCUGAUGAGUGUCAUGCGCUUUCUUUUCACCACCUGGGGUAGCGACACUGAUCCUGGCCCAGGAUGGGAUGUCCUUCUCGAUAAGGAUCAUCUUCGAAAUACAUUUCUAUAG